AUGGUCGAAAAGGUUAUGCAACUGAGGUGUGAGUGCAACCAGUACCCGUGGGGAAAGCAGGGCUCAAAGUCGCUGGCGGCGACUUUGUGCGAGAAGACUCCAGGCACACAAUUCAAGAUUGACGAGAACACAAGUUACGCUGAGAUGUGGAUGGGCACAUAUCCCGAAUUACCUUCAUAUGUUCUAGAGACUGGCGAGGACCUCCAAAAAGUGCUCGACAGACACCCUGAUGAGCUUGUGGGAAAGACCACUGCCGAGAAGUUCAACCACACCAAGCUGCCAUAUCUGCCCAAGGUCUUGUCGAUAGCGAAGGCACUACCUCUGCAACUGCACCCAAACAAAGAAUUGGCUUCCAAGCUACACGCAAAGAACCCGGAUCAGUUCACCGACCCCAACCAUAAACCAGAGAUCGCGUUGGCUCUUGGCGACUUCGAGGCCUUCUGUGGCUUCAAGCAGCUGAAAGACAUCGAGCGCUUGAUGCAGCUACCACCACUCCAGGCCUUCCUUCCAGAAGUCAAGAAGCCUGAGUUCGACGACCAGACUCUGAAGCACGUUGUCAAGGAAAUGCUGCUGGCAUCCGAGGACGCUGUACGCAAAACCAACGACGCACUCAUGAAGAUCCCAAAGGAGCAAUUUGGCGAACAUAGCUACAUCCCAGACAUGAUCCCUCGCUUGGCUGAGCAGUACGACAAGGCCGACAACGGAACCCUUGUUGCUCUCAUCACCAUGAACUACCUCCAGCUCAAGGCUGGCGACAGCAUCUACAUUCCCGCCGACGGUAUCCACGCAUAUCUCUCCGGUGAUAUCAUCGAGUGCAUGGCCCGAUCAAACAACGUCUUGAACACUGGUUUCUGCCCACGCGCCGACCGCGACAACAUCGACAUGUUCUGCUCAAGUUUGACAUUCACACCACAUGAUGCCAAGGAGGCGAUCCUACCAGCAAAGCCUUUCGAUGGAAGCAAGAACGGCAAGACGCAGCUGUACGCGCCACCUCUAAGCGAAUUCAGCAUGCUAGCCACAACCAUGGGCGAUGGCGAUUCCGAGACGAUCCGGUCGCUCGGUGGACCAAGUGUCAUGAUCGUGACCGAAGGCGAGGGCACCAUGAAGGGCAACGGCAAGGAAUACAAGCUAAGCGCCGGCUACAUCUUCUUUGUCGCUCCAGGUGUAGAGCUAGAGUUCAAGGCCACGAGGCAGCUCAAGGCGUUUACCGCUUUCGUAGAGUAG